AUGACGAAAUCGGGAUGGAUGCUGAUGGAGUUGGCCGAUGGCGACUUAAGCACACUGCUCAGCGACGCCGCUCUGCCUUGGCCAACAACACUGAAUUUGCUGCAGCAAGGGGCCGUUGGGCUGGAAUAUGUGCACAGCAGGCAGCCCCCUUUGAUUCAUGGCGACGUCAAGGACAAGAAUUUCUUGUAUCUGAAAAUUGGCGAUGCAAAAUACGAUGUGAAGCUCGCUGAUUUCGGUCUGACGACGGAGUUGCGAGACUGGACGACAAUGAGCUUGAGAGGCGUUAAAGGCACACCCCUGUGGCAGGCACCUGAGCUCUUCAAUGGAGAGCCCCCCUCACUUCAGUCGGACGUCUUUAGCUUUGGCCUUAUCAUGCAUGCAGCGGUGGCGAGGCUGCCACUGUACGGCACUGGCACCAGGCAGCUGGCGAUGAUUGGCAAGAAGGCCAAAGGAGAGCCGCCUUGCGUGGUGGAGAGGCACCACUGCCCAGACGAGCUGCGUGAGCUGAUGGGGAGGUGUUGCGCCUUGGACCCGAGGGACAGGCCCACCAUGAAGGAUGUCACCGAAUGCCUAUCACGACUACCUAUGGACUGGGAACCUGGCCAGCAAUAG